AUGGGAGCCCAGGGGCUGGAAGAUUUCGUGCAGUGCCUGACCAGCUGUGAGCAACGGGCAGCCUGGCCGUGGCAAUUCUACCUGGUGCUGGAGCUGCUGCUGGGUAAAAAGCCAGGGAUCGGGGGAGAGCGCCCCAUCGGCCUCAUGCCCAUGCCGUACCGCAUCUGGAGCGCAGCCAGGAGGCCCAUAGUAGCCACCUGGAGCAAGGCAGCGGCGGGCUUCUGGGAUACGGCAGUAGCUGGCUCCUCAGCGCUACGAGUGGCAAUGCACAGACUUAUGAGGGCAGAAGCCGCCACGGAGAUGGGCUUUCAUGCAGCAGGAGUGUUCUAUGACGCGGCAAACUUCUACGACAACAUAGGCCUCGACCAGCUGAUCGAGAAGGCCAGUGCCCUCCAGUACCCGUUGCUGCCGCUGGCAAUGGCCGUGCAGAUGUACCUUGCGCCCAGGGCCAUCAUGGCCCACAGCCUCUUCUCGGACAUCUUUGAGCCUGCCAACAGCAUGGUAGCAGGCUGUGGCCAAGCGGUAGACCUCACCAGACCGCUCUUGUAUGGUAUCCUGGAUGCAGCGCACAGGCACCAUAUCUUCGUCGUCAUGCAGCAGUACCUGGACGACUUGGCCCUGCAGGUGGAGGGCGCGCGGCGGCAGGUCAUUGACCAGAUCAAGCACGUGGCGGCGCUGGUGCACGAUGGUUUCAAGCAGCUCGCGAUCCCCAUCUCAGUCAAGACGGCAGUGGUGGCCUCGGACAAGGACCUCCAGGCAGAAGUCGCCAGCAUCCUGGACAGCCUGGGCACCCCCAACAAGCAACCAGGGGUAGUGCGCGACCUCGGCGUGGACACCAGCCUUGGGAAGCAACUGCGGCGACCCACCCAUGCCGCGCGCCAGGCCAAGGCCAAGCAGAGGGUGGCCAAGCUCAGGGACCUGGCGAAGACGGACGCCAGAGGCGCGGCAAAGGUCUAUGCAGCAGGUGCCUACUGCCAGCAGGCUUGGGACUUACCAGCGCACGGCAUCACGCCCACGGAGGCGAAGUUGGUCAGGGCAACGGAGGCAGCGCUCCUCACAGGCGGACACAAGGCUGGACGCUGCACGUCCACCAUCCUCCUGAUCCAGAGGGGUAUGCAAGAGGCAGUAACCCGAGCCAUCGGCGACCAGAUCAAGCAGUUCUGGCUCACCGUAGUCGACCACCCGACGGAGCUCAAGAGGUACCAGAGGGGCUGGCUCCUGCUCUACGCCAAGCUGGGCGUCCAGCAGAGCGCGCAGCAGCAGCUCUGGCAGCAGGCAGCUGGUCAUCGCAGUGGAGAAGGACUUCAGGCUGGAGGCGACCUCUAUCAGCUGCAGCGCCACCUGAGAAGAAGGAGGCGUAAAGGACAGCAUGCAGAGGCAGCAAUGCUGGAGACCAUAGCGGUGGCAGGCAUCUGGACCAGGGAGCGUCGCAGGGCGGCCAUCCUCAACAAAGAAGGCGAUGACACCUGCGCGAGAUGCGGCGAGGCGAUAGAGACAGAGGAACACCGCUACUACGCCUGCCCUGCCAACGCAGAAAUAGGGCACAGCAAUGACACCGACCUGGCGAAGAAGGCGAAGGACGCGCUGGACCAGCGGCAGGACCUGCACUUCUGGCUCCGAGGCAUCCCGCCAGCGGCCUGGGCAGCCAAGGUCGACCCAGACGAGGACGCGGCGAAGGCGGCGCAGAUCUUCUGCACCAGUGAAGAGGCACAAGCUGCAGCCCAGCCAGGGCACAAGGAAGUGGCUGCCUGGUACGGCACAAUCAGGGCACCGCACACGGUGCCACGGGCAGAGCUCACCGCCACGAGCAAAGCCAUCGGCUACACCACGGCGGCGACAGCCAGGGGGCUAAACAUAGUCAGCGAUUGCAAAUACGCCCUGGACGCACUCAAGCAGAUCCAGGACCCUGAGGAUCUGGACUACAGGAGCACGAACUACGACCUCUGA